CUCGGGGCGGGGCCAAGGAGCCACCACCUAUACCCCUGCCUACCGCCGAGAUCGUUCGCUCCCUCUCGGAGAACGCCACCUUUCCCACCGCAGUCCCGGUCGCCAGGGUUGAAAGUCAGAUUUUUGAUGAUGUCUGGCUUGACAGAAGCAGCAACCACCAGUGCCACCACAGCUGUGGUUCUGAGCCUGGACUUGACCCAAAUCACAUUUCUCCUGUGACUGAAGGCAAGUUUAGGAGGUGUAUUGCAGCCAUGUCUGUGAUGGUGGUGAGGAAGAAGGUGACUCGCAAGUGGGAGAAGCUCCCAGGCAGGAACACCUUCUGCUGCGAUGGACGUGUCAUGAUGGCCCGGCAGAAGGGGAUCUUCUAUUUGACUCUCUUCCUCAUCCUGGGGACCUGCACACUCUUCUUUGCAUUUGAGUGCCGCUACUUGGCCGUUCAGCUGUCUCCUGCCAUCCCUGUCUUUGCAGCUGUUCUUUUCCUCUUUUCCAUGGCUACGCUGCUGCGGACAAGCUUCAGUGACCCUGGUGUGAUUCCCCGGGCCCUGCCAGAUGAAGCAGCUUUCAUUGAAAUGGAGAUAGAGGCAACCAAUGGCACAGUGCCACAGGGUCAGCGUCCACCCCCUCGAAUCAAGAAUUUCCAGAUCAACAACCAGAUCGUGAAACUAAAGUAUUGUUAUACAUGCAAGAUCUUCAGGCCCCCCCGGGCCUCCCACUGCAGCAUCUGUGACAAUUGUGUGGAGCGCUUUGACCAUCAUUGUCCCUGGGUCGGAAACUGUGUUGGCAAGAGGAACUACCGUUACUUCUACCUCUUCAUCCUUUCUCUCUCCCUUCUCACCAUCUAUGUCUUCACCUUCAACAUAGUCUACGUGGCCCUCAAGUCCUUGAAAAUUGGCUUCCUGGAGACGUUAAAAGAAACUCCUGGAACUGUGCUGGAAGUACUCAUCUGCUUCUUCACCCUCUGGUCUGUUGUGGGGUUGACAGGAUUUCAUACGUUCCUCGUGGCCCUCAACCAGACAACCAAUGAAGAUAUUAAAGGUUCCUGGACAGGGAAGAACCGAGUGCAGAACCCAUACAGUCAUGGCAACAUCCUAAAGAACUGCUGUGAGGUGCUGUGUGGCCCCUUGCCUCCCAGUGUGCUGGAUCGAAGGGGCAUAUUGCCACUGGAAGAAAGUGGAACUCGACCCUCAAGCACUCAAGAGGCCAGCAGCAGCCCAUUUCCACAGAGCCCAGUGGUCCCCACAGAGCCAUUGAGCUCGAAUGAGCUGCCCCUGAAAGCCUAUGCUCCUGAGGAGAUGCAGUCCAGUGCUGUGGCCCAACAGAGUCCAGAGUCCCCAGAGACUCCCCAGGAGGCCUCUGGAGCUGAGAACUAGCUUCUUUGGGCAGCAGAGAGAGACCUGUGUUUUUCUUUAAUGAGAGCGGAGAGUGAUUGAGGGGGAGAAGACAACCUUGAGACAGAGGGCAAGUGAGCCAUCCCUUUUGCCAUUUUUUUUUGGUCUCUGUUCACCUAAUUCCGGAUUGGAAUAUUUUCUAUACAAGCUAUUUUUCCUAGACUCCAGGAAAUAGCAGAGUGAUGUCCAUUACAUAUAGUAGCUUGAAACUUGGGUUUCAAGGGCCUUGGCCUCGAGUUCCCUUCGGGUCCCUUCUCUGGCUCUGUUAAGGGAAGUAGGGAGAGUUGUUGACAUCCCAUUACUUGUCCCUGGACCAGAGAUAGCUUCACAGGCUUCUGUCCAUUGAAUCCCCAAAGGGCCCAAAUGGAAACAAUUUGAGCUCUAUUUCCGCCUCCUAGUUGGAGGAGAGGAAUGGGGAUGGGACAAAGCUGUGACUGGCAAAGUCUUAGUGCCGUUGGUGCCAUGCCAGUUCAUGCCUGUGGGGUGGGAUCCUUCUGGACACUUGUAUUUAUUAAUGUAGUUUCCUUCUUCAGUCUCCCUCCCCAUUCUCUACCUCUCUGACCCCCUUCUUUUUCAAUUAGAUAGAAGUUAGUAGGAAUAGUUAGUGAGUUAACAAUUUGCAGUUUUCAUAGCCCAACCCAAAACUUUGUAAUGUCUGUGCCACCCUCAGUAAGAAAUUGUGUGAUGCCAAUAGCUACAGCCCCACUGUUCUCUCUGUCUCUCUCUUUAUCUGUUUCUCUCUGUCUCUUUCUCCCCCCUUUUCUAAUAAUCCUAUUCAGACUCUUGCUCCAUUUGGGAGCAGUAACUAACAGCUAAAAAGUCUGCACUUUGGUGCCUCCUUUUCUGCAAGGGGUUUUGCAAGUGUUCAUAAAUGCUACCCCUUUGCCCACCCCGCCAACUUCAAGUUCAGUCCAUGAGGCCUCCAGUGGUCUCGAGUGCACAAAUGAAUAAAUUGAGGCACAAAGGAAUGGCUUCAGAGCCGGAUGAGAAGGGGAAACCUCCUGCCGGUUAACUCACAGGCCUUGGCCAGUGUUUCCUUCCUUUGCCCUCUUCCCUUAGGGCUAACUCUCAUAGCACUUCUGCUGGCCUCUGUUCAUGCGGAGGCCCAGGAUGAUCCCCACUCCUACCCCCCACCCCCCAGUGGUGGGCUGGGUCCCCCGUCCAGCAUUUGGGGGACCGGUUUUCUCCAGCCCUCAGCUGCGCUUCAGGGAUAAGGAUUUGUGUAUCAAAUGCAGCUGUGUUUCUGAGAGAGUCUAUGUUCUCCCCUCCCUUUCUAAACUAAGGGGUCCUGUGGAGAUGACUUCAGUGGGGAGAGGGUUAACCAGGGCUUUUUAUCUGUUUGAAGGUGAUUAAACUGUGUUGAUGCAAAC